UUUUAUUCCCCCUCUCUUCCAGUAUUCCUCCUCCUCCCCGUCUUCGCAACGGCGGCAACGCAACCAAACGCCAAGACGCAAAGCGACCUACGUACUAGCUGGCUAGUGGAAGAGAAAGGCGGAGGCGUCACGAGACCGGUGCAAGUGCGACGCAACUUUUUCUCCGUCGAGGAGGAGGAGGGUGUGUGUAUAUAUAGGUGCGGCGGAUGGAGAGGACGAGGAGCUGGUUCGGGAGGAGGAGGAGGAGGAAGGCGCGGGGAGAAGGCGGCGGCGGCGGAGGGGAGGAGGGGGAGGGGCAGAAGGUGGUGGUGGACGGGUCGGAGAUACGGGAGCUGGUGGAGGACAGGGAGGCGUUCGGGAUGUUCGCGGAGAGCAAGUUCCGGGAGCUCGACGCCGACGGCGACGGCAGGCUGUCCGUGCGUGAGCUGCAGCCGGCGGUGGAGGGCAUCGGCGCCGCGCUCGGGCUGCCGGCGCGCGGGUCUUCGCCCAACGCCGACCACAUCUACUCCGAGGCAAUCAGCGAGCUCACUCAUGGGAAGAAAGAGGAGGUGAGCAGGACAGAGUUCCAGGAGGUCCUGUCCGAUAUCCUCCUCGGCAUGGCGGCUGGCCUCAAGAGGGACCCGAUCGUUAUACUGCGCAUCGACGGCGAGGACCUGAGGGACUUUGUUGACAGCCCCAGGUAUGAGCCAGAAGCUGCUGCCAUCUUCUCAAAGAUAGGUUCUGAAGACAUGUCUCUGCGUCAGUGCCUGCUAGCUGCUCUUCAGCUGCUGAAUGUCGACAACGGAAUGCCACCAGCUUCUGACCCUUGGGUUGCAGAGAACAUCAUAGAGCCGGCAUUGCAGAAACUCCCUGCCGGCCAGCUUGAGCAACCGGCCUCGCAAGAUAUCUUCUUAGAACAGCUCAAGAAGCUCCUGAGCAACAUCGCUGAAAGGCUUCAGGAGCAGCCUGUGAUUGUCGCACACACCGAGAACACAUUCGACGGUAGUUGUGUCAAGAGGCUGCUGGACAACAAAUUCGAGCUGGACAAGUUGUUGGAUUCUGUCUGGAAAGAUGUACUCAUAGAGCAUAAGAACAAAGGAUCCAGGGAGUGCCUGAUAGCCGCACUCGAUAAGAUGGCAGAUGCAGCAGGCUUACCACCUUACGGUGCCGUUAAUCAGGUGGAUGCCGUGGUGAAUGAGGCGCUCAAGACAGUUAAUGCUGAUGAAAGAACAGCGGUAGACGAGGCCGGGUUCAAGAAACUACUGACAGAUAUCCUUAGGGCAGUGAUGAUGCAGCUGAACAGACAGCCGAUUUUCGUCUCGAACAGCACCGUAGUUCACGAGCCAUUGUUCAGUUCAUCCGCAAUUUUAUCCUCGCCUCCAGUGAAAUCAUCGCCGAGUGAAUAAAUUAAACCAUAUAUGAAUGUUAAUGUGCUUGACAGUGGUCUAUCUGUAAGCAGUGCCUGUGAUGUUGCUUUUUUGUCUGAUCAAGCACUGCGGGGGCAUGUAUAGACUGGCUACAACCUGACGAGAUGUAAAGAACACUUCCGUCAGUCUUGCUAGCCUGAUUGAUGUAUAAGUUUGGAAUAAGGCUUUCAAGCUAUACAGAUUGAUCAAUGGCAAAUGCAACUAUUUUGCAGUUUGCAUUCAUUGGGGGACUGUUUAUUCUCCAGGAACUGUUCAGCUCUCUAAUGAUAAGGUUUACUAUUUAGUUA